ACAAAAUCACCAUGUCAAUUCGAAAAAACUAUGGUUAUGUUUACAUUUGAAAUGCUGCACACGUGAAUUCAGAAUAUUUGUUUGUGAGUAAAGAAACGUAAAAUGGGGUUGACGAAGCAAUAUUUGCGGUACAUACCGGCAGGAAAUUUCAAUAUUAUAGCUUCGCAGAACUGUAAUGUGGAAUUUGUCACUUUGGAGGGCCAAGAAGGUAGAUUUGUCGCUGUAGGGGCAUGCGAGCAUAUUAUUAUAUGGGAUUUACGUUUAGGAGAGAAGGCGCAAGUUUUGCCUGGAGAAAGGGCAGUGGUAACAGCUUUAAGUGCUAGCCCCAAUAAAAGACACUUAGCUGCUGGUUAUUCUGAUGGUUCUGUACAGGUUUACGAUUUAAAAACUGCAGAAGUUAUCAGUAUAUUCUCUGGGCACAGAAAUGAAGUAACGAUACUGAAAUACGACGGUUUUGGACAUAAAUUGGCUUCUGGUGCAAAGGAUUCUGAUGUUAUUGUGUGGGAUACUGUAGCAGAAACUGGUUUGUGUAGGUUUUCAGGACAUAAAGGUCCAAUUACUGCAAUUCAGUUUAUGGGCAAACAGAACGUUUUGAUAUCCAGCUCUAAGGAUACUUUUGUGAAGUUUUGGGAUUUGGAUACACAGCAUUGUUUCAAGACUUUGGUUGGACACCAAACAGAGGUGUGGGGUAUAAGUUUAAUGAAAGAUGACCAAUAUUUAGUGACUGGUUCAGGUGAUGCAGAAUUGAGAGUUUAUAAAUUAUCUCAAAGGGAUCCAGAUGCUGAAAAUAAGACACCUGUAGAACAUUUAGCAACCACUUUGGAAUUGACUAAUCUUGGUGAAAAUGAUGAUCCAACACACCCCUUGCAGUGUUUAAAGGCAGGAUCUCUGCUAAGAGCAGGCAGAGGUCGAGUGGUGACGCUAUUCAACGAUAUCAGCGGUCAAAUAAUCGGUUGCCAUGGCACCGACCAGCAAAUCGAGUUAUUUUACUUUUGCUCCGAAGAUGAGGCCCAGACCCGACUAAAGAAACGCCUCAAAAAAGAGAAGAAAAAGGAAAAGAAAGAUGAAGAAAUGGAGACAGAUGCGCCAUCUGAGAGCACGAAACUGAGCCUUAGAGACGAAGUGAAAAGACUCACUCCCAUUAAGCUCACCAACAAACCAAAGUCGCUGGAUUUGGUGCUGGGCAGUGGCGGCGAGCUCAGAAUAGUGGUCACGAUGGCAAACAACACGGUGGAACUGUACACCAUACAAACGGCCGUUAAGGACUCUGAAUCGAAAUGUCUCAGGUCUAUAGUCAGCCAGGGCCACCACAGCGAGGUCAGGGCCGUCAGUUUCAGCAGCGAUAACUUGGCCAUCGUCAGUGGCAGCGGGGAGUCCAUCAAGAUGUGGAACAGGCCUUCACAGGCUUGUCUGAGAACCAUAGAAACCGGGUAUGUUUUAUCCACGAUCUUCGUCCCUGGCGAUCGACAUGUUCUGGCGGGUUUAAAAGAUGGCAGACUUUUAAUUGUGGAUAUUGCGGCUGGUGACGUUUUAGAAGAAAUACCCGCCCACACGAACGAAUUGUGGAGCAUUUGCUUGCAACCCGACCUGAGAGGCUGCGCAACAGGUGGCGGCGACAAAACGGUGAAAUUUUGGCAGUUCGAGUUGGUUGUGGAUGAAAAAAGCGAGUCGAAAGCGAAAGUGUUGUCUCUGAUCCACAACAGAACUUUAAAACUGGAAGAUACGGUUUUGUGCGUCAAAAUAUCGCCCAACAGUAAAUUCGUAGCAGUGGCUCUCCUGGAUUCCACCGUCAAAAUUUUCUUCUUGGACAGUUUUAAGUUUUAUUUGUCGCUGUACGGCCACAAACUGCCGGUACUCUGCAUGGACAUUUCGUCGGAUUCAGGGCUGAUUGCCACAGGGUCUGCUGACAGAAACGUCAAAAUUUGGGGCAUGGACUUCGGCGACUGCCACAAAAGUAUUUUUGCGCACGACGAUUCCGUAACUGGGCUCCAGUUCGUGCACAGAACGCACUACUUUUUCACGUGCGGGAAGGAUGGAAAAGUCAAGCAGUGGGACGCAGACAGCUACGACAAAAUCAUAACAUUACAAGGCCACAGCGGUGAAGCUUGGUCAUUGGGCGUGAGUCCGAACGGUCAAUUCCUCGUGAGUUGCGGUUCCGACAGGGUUUUAAGGCUUUACGAAAAGUCGGACCAAAUUUUGGUGCUUCAGGACGAGGAGGAAGACGAACGCGAGCAGCAGGAGGCGCUGGCAACAGGGCAGCAAACCACCGUUCCCGGCCAACCUGGUUUGAAACUGCCGUCGAAAAAAACGAUCGGGAGCGAGAAAGCUGCUGAAAGUAUUUUGGAGUGUUUGGAAGUGUGCGAAAAAUAUAAGGAGCAACUAGCAGAACAUGAGGCUUUGCAAGCGGCAUCAUCGCAAGUUUUACCCUUGCCGUUGCCACCCCCUUUGAUGCAAGCUUUUAAUGCCCAAACACCAGACGACUUUUUAUUGGAGACCAUCAAAAGAAUAAGGCCCAGCGAUUUAGAGGAAGCCCUUUUAAUUUUACCAUUCUCGACUGUGUGCGAAGUUUUGCAAACAUUACCCGCCUUGAUUAGUCGGGGAGACCACACGGAGUUAGUUUGCAAAAUUUCGAUAUUUUUACUGAAAUUACACCAUGCUCCAAUUGUCGCUAAUAAUGUUUUACUUUCGACGUUACAAAAUCUGCAAAAGUUGGCGCAAGCCAAAGUACAAGAAUUAAGGGAUUUGGUAGGGUACAACUUUUAUGGUAUGCAAUUCAUACAAAGAGAUAUAGAAGCCCACGAGGGUGUCCAAUUGUUCAGGGAUGCCACCAUAGAAAAGAAAAAAGGCGACAAAAAGAGAAAACAAAGAGAAAAACUUAAAAGAUCCAUCAUGGUUCUUAAUAAUUAAACUUAAAAUAAAUAAUAAUAAAAUGUUUAAAAAAUA